AUGUGGUUGCGCGGUGUCAAUGGAUUGGGUGUGGAGGCCACCGCGGGCUGGAGGCUCAGGGAGGCGGUGCGCGUGGGCGUAGCGAGCAAGGGCGGAGCGUGGGGCGGGGUGGUGCCCGUGGUGGGUGCACCCAACGCCUAUGCUGCCCUGCUCGCCGAGCGUGCCGGUUUGCCGCUGCUCUAUCUCUCCGGCUCCACCCUCUCCGCCUCUUCCUUUGGACUACCAGACCUGGGCUUGACAACGCUGGACGAAGUUGUGGAGGACGCGCGCCGCAUCACCAGGGUGAGCAAGCUGCCGCUUCUGGUGGACGCCGACACGGGCUUCGGGGGCGUGCUCAACGUGGCCCGCACGAUCCAGGAGCUCGAGCGAGUCGGUGCCGCUGGCGUGCACAUCGAGGAUCAGGAGACCCAGCACAAGCGCUGCGGACACCGGCCGAACAAGAGAGUGGUGACCACGGGCGAGAUGGUGGACCGGCUGCAGGCCGCGGUGGCGGCGCGCAGAGACCGCAGCUUUGUGAUUAUGGCCCGUACGGACUCUGUCGCCAGCGAGGGCCUCGACGCGGCGCUCAAGCGCGCCCAGGCCUACAUCGACGCGGGCGCCGAUAUGCUCUUCCCCGAGGCCCUCACCCACAUCGAUCACUACAAAGCAUUCACUUCUGCGUUCCCGGACACGCCGGUGUUGGCCAACCUGACCGAAUUCGGGCGCACGCCGCUGUUCACGCUGGAGGAGCUGAGCCAGGCCAAGGUGGCGCUGGCGCUCUUCCCCGUCUCGGCCUUCCGGGCCGCGGCGCGCGCGACCCAACACGUCUACGAGACCGUCGCCAAGGACGGCUCCCAGAGCGCCGCCAUCCCGCUCAUGCAAACGCGCGAGGAGCUCUACGAUGUGCUGGGAUAUGAUGAGUACGAGAAGGCAUUGGACGCGCUCUAUCCGCCGCCAGCCACUCCGGCUGCUCAGGCGCCCGCGGCGGCAGCCCCUGCGGCUGUGGCCUCACUUGCCUCGUCCGGCGGCAUUGGUACUGAGGGUCAGAGCGUCGAAGAGGCAAAAGCGAAGGAAGAGAAGAACGAAGAAAAGGAAGAAGAAGAAGAAGAAGGGGAGGUGCUGCUGGUGGAAGAGAACGGAGAAAAGAAGGAAGAAAAGGUUGUCAGCGAGACAGCAGCCCCAAACAACGAAGACGAAAAGAAAGAGAAAAAGAAAGAAGACGAAGAAAGCGAAGACGAAGACGAGGAUGACGACACGGGUGUGGUCAUCACUGCCGACUCCGCGGCAGCCAUUGAAGAAGAGCUGGCCUCUGGAAAGGAGAUCAAGCUCAAGGACUAG